UUUGUCGGUGGGCGAGAUCGCAUUAAGCAACGAAGGACAAGACAUACCACUCAGAAUGCCAAUGAUACUAUAGAAGUAAAAAAAGAUUUUGUCAACAUUUUUUCGGAUGAAUUAAACCUUCAUGUUUUUAGGUAUUUAUCAGCGGUGGACGUAAGCAUAUGCUCUCAAGUUUCGCGAAAAUGGUGGCGAAUUGCCAACGAUCGCCAGUUAUGGAAGAGUCUCUUUUUAUCAAGAUUUAAAGCUCCAAAUCGUCCUAAUCUUACAUAUCGUUUGGAAACUCUUCAAUUGACCCAAACUCAAUCAACUAAUCUGCCUAAAUCUACAAUAAUUGCUAAUAACGAAGGCAUAGGUGAAAAUGAUAUUUCAGAUUGGAAAAAUAUAUAUCGAGUUAGUCACAAUUGGCAAACUGGAAAUUGUCGU